AUGGUCCACACACACUGCCUCCAAGCAGGCAAGCUCUUCAACGUCGACGGCUGGGUCUGUCUCGUCACGGGCGGCGGCACCGGCAUCGGCUUGAUGAACGCCCAAGCACUUGCUGCCAAUGGGGCGAAAGUGUAUAUCACCGGUCGCAGAUUUGAGGUUUUGGAGAAUGCCGCCAGGGAACAUAGUCCUAACGAGGGGAAGGGGGAGAUUAUUCCAAUCGGCCCCUGCGACGUAACCGACAAAGACUCGCUCCAAUCCCUCGUCACCGACCUCUCCUCGCGCGAAAAACACUUGAACGUCCUCAUCUGCAACGCCGGCAUCUCGGGCCCCAAAGCCGACCCUGGCGUUUCCGACUCCGCCUCGGCCAUCGCCCAGGAGCUCUGGUCCAAGGAAUCCUUCGACGACUGGUCCUCCGUUUUUACGACGAACGUAUCCUCAGUUUACUUCACCACCGUCGCCUUCUUGCCCCUUUUGCAAGCAUGCAGCAAGUCCGAGCCGCACCCCGAUCAGGAGGGACACAGCAGCCACAUGGCGGGUAACGUGAUCGUCAUCUCUUCGAUGAGCGGGAUCAUGCGCAAUGCCCAGAAACAUUUCAGUUAUAAUGCUAGUAAGGGCGCGACUAGCAAUUCCAUUGCUCCCGGGUAUUUUCCGUCAGAGAUGACGACGGGGGAGAGCGAUGAGAAGAAUAAGAGUGAAUUAUCGGAUGAGAAGGUUAAGGGGCAUGGACACAAGGUUCCGGCGGAACGGGCGGGUCAUGAUGAGGAGAUGGCUAUGGCGACGCUGUUUCUGGCGAGGGAUCGGUAUGUGAAUGGGAGUGUGAUUUGUGUUGAUGGAGGUGUUUUGGGGGUUGUGCCUGGUAACUGA